ACCCAGUAUUUUGAGUUUAUUAUGUUUUGGUUUAUUUUUGAGUAAUGGAUUGUUUUCUUAUUAUCUUGUUGUGCUGAUUAUUGUGGUGGUGGUGAUUACUAGUUUCAUGUUUCUGUUUAUUGGUGAUUAGGAUUUGUGUUCUCAUGUGUGGGUUUAGGUGUCAUUUUCCAUGUGUCUCUCAGUGUCGGGUCUGCGUCUUUGUGUAGUGUUCUUGUUUCCUGUUUUAUUGUGAAGGUCUGCGUCUCAUGUGAGUGUGUUCAGUUUUACCUCUGUCUCGUCUUGUUAAUUACUCCCAGCUGUGUCCACCACCUGUGUGUAAUCUCCUUGUGUUUCUCUGUAUUUAAGUCACGUCUUUAGUCAUUGUUGUUGCUGGUCCGUCUGCGUAUCCACCCUGUUUCAUUCUGUGUGUUUCCCUGCCGUCUUCCAUCAUUCCGUCUCCUGCUAUUCGUGUUCAGGUUUGUGCUCUUGUUCAGGCUCCGUAGUUUAGUUUACCCAGUAUAGUUCAGUUCUCCGUUUGCUGUUUGUCCAUUUCCUUUGUGUUUAAUAAACCACCCUCUCACCGGUACAAGUGCCUGCGUUUGGAUCCUCCUUUAAUUUCCACACGGCCCCUCUCACUCGCCGUGACAGUACGGACCAGCCAGAUAUGGAUCCAGCGGCAUUCACCCCACCCUCGGAGCUUCGAGAGCUCAUAACGGACUCAGCUACCAAAAUAAUCAACCUGUGGCUUGAGCAUGAGGGUGAAGCGUUUCUUUACGUUCUGGAAGUCAGGCUACGACAGCUUUUGUCCGAUUAUCCCUGGCUAUUGGACUCACUCCACCCGCUCAUACAAAACUUCAUUCUCCAUGAACUACACCUUCACCCCCCCGCCGCCACUGCUCACCCGCUCGCUUCAACGGAGGACGUGCCGUCCGUACCGCCGGAUGAGGAGUUACCCGGCCCGUCGGAGCCGUCUCCACGGAGGAAGCGACGUUCACGCCGCCGGCGCGGCACCCCACAGCCAGAGUUCAGAAUGACAGAGCAGCCGGCUGUGGUGAGUGAAAGGGACACUUUUCCUGCUGCGUCAGAUUCAGUGACUGUGUUUUCUGGCGCUAUUUUUUGUGUGCCUUCUGACGCUAACAAUGAUUUUUCUGUCUCACCCAUGGCCAUUGCGCUUCAGACUUCCUUUUCUGAGCCUACGUUCAGAGUUAAUGACUGUGUUCACACUGUUUCUGAGCCUGGAGUUACUGAGUUUAGCAUAUUGAGUUUAGAGAAUGAAAAUGUUUGGGACUCUUUUUCAUCUGCACUGGUCAAUUCAGGGGAAGCUGUAGACCUCACUGAAACAGAGCUUCCUGACCAUAUUCCCCCAUCCACACCUUCACCACAAUUCAAUGUGGGGUCUGUAACACAGUUAGCAGUACAGUUAGCAGUUCAGUCAGCAGGCCAGCUGCCCUCAGUUCAGUCAGCAGGCCAGCUGCCCUCAGUUCAGUCAGCAGGCCAGCUGCCCUCAGUUCAGUCAGCAGGCCAGCUGCCCUCAGUUCUGUUGGCCUCUCCACCACCUAUUACGCCUUCACUACAGUCGUCUCCGCUACCUGUAGCUCAGCUGCCACUUGUUCAUCUGUCUGCUCACUCACUCAUUCAGUCACCAUCCUCACCGUCUCGUUACGAGCAGGGAACACACUUCACCACGACAUCUGCUGGUUCUCUUAAGCUGGUCACCUCAGAGACAGUUGCUCCCUCUAGGGCCUCCCCAGAGGCUGGGUGUCACUCACCAGCUGACUCUGGACCCCUAGAGGUCAAGACGCCAGCGCCAGCAGUUUCACUGGGGAACUCACCAGAGCAGUCUCGGCUCUCAGCGCCCCCUGAGAGCUCAAGUGAUUUCACCCGUCCGCCUCCGUCCUCUGCUGAGUGUAUUGGGGAACACUUUCAGCCCUCUGAGGACUGCAUCCCACUGUUGCUGCCUGAGUCUAGCCACUGUGCUGCUCAGUUCCAGCCAGUGUCCACACCGGCAGAGGUCUGCGUACCUGCUGCCUCAGUGUCUGUUUCCGCUGGAGGGCCCGAGUCGCCCGUCCAGCCUCAAGUUUCGUUAGCUGGGGGUUUGGGAGAACCCAGCCAGCAUCCUGCCUCGUCGGCUGGAGGGCCUGAGGAGCCCGUCCAGCCUCAAGUUUCGUCUGCUGGGGGUUCGGGAGAGCCCAGCCAGCCUCAAGUUUCGUCUGCUGGGGGUUCGGGAGAGCCCAGCCAGCUUCAAGUGUCGUCAGCUGGGGGUUCGGGAGAGCCCAGCCAGCUUCAAGUUCCGUCUGCUGGGGGUUCAGGUGAACCCAGACAGCAUCCUGCCUCGUUGGCUGGGGGUUCAGGUGAACCCAGCCAGCCUCAAGUGUCGUCAGCUGGAGGGCCCGAGGAGCCCGUCCAGCCUUAUGCCACGUCUGCUGGAGGGUCCGAGGGGCCCGUUCAGCCUCCUGUCUCCGCUGGAGGGUCCGAGGGGCCCGUUCAGCCUCCUGUGUCGUCUGCUGGAGGGUCCGAGGGGCCCGUUCAGCCUCCUGUGUCGUCUGCUGGAGGGCCCGAGUCGCCUGUCCAGCCUCCUGUGUCGUCAGCUGGUGGGCCGGAGUCGCCCGUCCAGGCUCCUGUGUCGUCUGCUGAAGGGCCCGAGUCGCCCGUCCAGCCUCCUGUGUCGUCAGCUGGUGGGUCCGAGGAGCCCGUCCAGCACCACACCUCGUUAGCUGAGGGUCCUGGAGGGCCCAGACAGCACAUCCUCCCGUCUGCUGGCGGUCCGGGGAGGGCUGUUCAGCCAUCACCGGCUAAAUCAUCCCCCGCGACAUCUACAUCUCCGCCUGCAGCUUCAUCAUCUCCGCCUGCAGCCGCAGCUUCAUCAUCUCCGCCUGCAGCCGCAGCUUCAUCAUCUCCGCCUGCAGCCGCAGCUUCAUCAUCUCCGCCUGCAGCCGCAGCUUCAUCCGCAGCCGCACCGUCCCGCUGCCCCGUCCCGCUGCCGUCAGGUCCGGCCCCCGUGUCUUCAUCCACGCCUGCAGCAUCAUCGCCUGCAGCCGUCUCGCUGCCGUCAGGUUCCGCAGCCGUCUCGCUGCCGUCAGGUUCCGCAGCCGUCUCGCUGCCGUCAGGUUCCGCAGCCGUCUCGCUGCCGUCAGGUUCCGCAGCCGCUCCGCCGUCGCCUGGUCCUGCCUCGUCGGCUUCGUCCACGCCUUCAUCCUCGCCAGGUCCGGCUUCGUCCACGCCUUCGUCCACGCCUGGCCCGGCUUCGUCCACGCCUUCGUCCACGCCUGGCCCGGCUUCGUCCACGCCUUCGUCCACGCCUGGCCCGGCUUCAUCCACGCCUUCGUCCACGCCUGGCCCGGCUUCAUCCACGCCUUCGUCCUCGCCAGGUCCGGCUUCGUCUGGUCCUGACUUGUCCACGUCUGGCCCUGCCUCGUCUGGUCCUGCGGUUGCUACACCGUCAUGGGACCCAGCUCGUCCUGUUCCGCCUCCCCUCUGCCGGCCGUUUUCCAGGCCUCUAAGUUGGCGUCAUGGCCGUCGAGGUCGGCCUCCGGAGGGAGAUCGUCGCCGCUGCUGGCAUUGCAGCCGACCUCCGGAUCUGCUCAGUGGCCGCCGUUGCCGUGUGCACGGUCGGCCUCCGGAACUGUUUGCCCGUGGCCGCCACUGCCUUCCAAGUGGCCGGCCUCCUGACCUGUUUUGGCUCCUGUGUGGCCGACCCCCGGGUCGACCUCCUGAACUGCUUGUGGACUCUUGUUGAGCUUUGGUUUUUGUAUUUUCCUGUGCUUUGGGACUGUUUUCUUGUGUUUUUGAACUGUCUUGCUCCUUGUUUUUUUUG